AUGAGUCUAAAUGCCAGAAACACAAGGGUGGCAUCAAAGAGCCAAACUCCUCCCCAGAUUGAUCCCAAGCUUUCAUAUCUGAGCUUCACCCCGGGUCAGAGGAUUGGUGACAUCAAUCUGGGCAAGCUGGCCGUCAAAGGCAAGUGGGAGAUGCUACGUGAGUUUGGUAAAAGAGGAAGUGGUCCAGGAAAGUUUGAUGGGGUUGUAGAUAUUACUGCUACUCAACCUGGUGAGAUUGCUGUGGCAGACUAUAGGAACAAACGAGUGGUCAUCUGCAGCAAUGAGGGACAACACAAGGGAACCAUUCCCCUACAACGUCCACUGGCAGUUGCAGCCAUCCACAAUCCUGAGCAACGCUUGCUUGUGUUGGAAGAUGGAAGCAAGUAUGUCAAGGUGUUCAACAUGAAGGACAACACUCUUGACUUCAAAUUCCCAACGGUAGCACCGAGUGAGGUUGAGGAGACACAAGUGAACCUAAGGAGCACAACAGUCAGGACAAACGGUAUUAUUUUAGUAGGAGACAUAGAAAGAAUGGUGUGGACUGAACACAGACCCACUGAUGGUGAGAUCCUACACACCAUACCAGUGCAGACUCCACCUCAAUUCCUGGCUGUUGAUGACGACACUGAUAGAGUUGUGGUCAGUGGAUUCCACACAAAGAAAGUGGAUAUUACCGACUGUAAAGGUUCUAUACACACCACCUUCAAACCAACUAUCAAUGGUGGGCCAGUGUGGUGUGAUGGUGUAUGCUGUGACAGCUCAGGCAUCUACCUUGCAGUGGACCAAGGUGCAGCUGGCACUGGUCAUAUUCACCACUAUGACCAAGAUGGCAGGUUUCUUGAUUGCGUGGAUCAGGGUCUGUGUUUCCCACUUGGAAUCACAUUCACAUCCAAUGGCCAGCUGGCAGUGGCUGAACACUACUUCAUCAAGAUGUAUCACAAGGUGUGAUGUCAUCCAACAUGACAUUGGCUAGCAAUCAUCAUCAUCCCAACAGCAAAUGUUGAGGAUGAAAUUGUCCAGUCAUUACAGCACCAAUCAACAUUCAUGUCCCAGUCAUAUCACAUCUCUCCUCAAAAAUCCAAACUGCCAGAUCCCUCUGAUGUGAACCAUUUUACCAUACAAAUUCUUAAAUAAACAGUGCAUCAAUUACAUUUUGUUACUAUACAAAGUCUUAUAUAAACAGUGAUUUGACUACAGCUACAUUAGAUUUGAUUGGGGGACAAUUUGUUUUAAUCUUACAUGCAU